UAAGUGCAUGUUGAGAGAGAACAGAAAGAUGAUGCGGUGAAAAGGGAGCAAAAAAAGUGGUAAAAACAGGAUUUCCUACACACUGGUAUGUGCCGCUGCCUACGUUACUAUAUAAUCUCACAGGAGAAAAGUCAUCUUCAGUGAAUCUUACCUCCACAGGACCGGAAAAACGCUGACAGACGCCCUUCGGACCUCACCCAGGGAGGAAAUAUUACACUAUUUGAGUAACAAUCCUGAGGAGAUUGUGUGAUUCUGGACGAAACGAAAGUACGCCGCAAUUCCACCAGUCAGUCUAUUGCCUGCCUGUCAUCCCCUGUGUCAGAGAUGACUGCCUCCAAGCCCCUGUUCCUCUCAGCCAUUAUGAUCCUCAGCAUCUCCUCUUAUGUGCUCCACCAGAGGCUCCUACUGCUGGCUCAGACAGGGACCGCUCAUCAACACGAACCCAGGAACCUCACCAUCCUGCUGUGGCACUGGCCCUUCGGCCGUCCCUACAGCCUGGAGGGAGAUGUGUGCAGCGACGAGUACGCUAUCCCAGACUGCCUCCUCAGUGACAACACCUCCCUAUUCCCCCAGGCAGACGUGGUGGUCUUCCACCACCAUGAGCUGAAGACCGGCCGCUCUGCCCUGCCUCUCCACCUCCCCCGGUCAGUCUCCCAGCGCUGGCUCUGGCUGUCCCUUGAGCCCCCGGUGCACAAUGGCAACCUGACCCAGUACAACGGACUGUUCAACUGGACCAUGAGCUACCGAGGCGACGCUGACAUAUCCAUGCCCUAUGGGAAGAUAGUUCCGGUUCCACAUAACGGUAUCAGUAACGGUAGCAGCUAUGUGAUCCCCAAGAAGGGGGCUUGUCUGGCCAGCUGGGUGGUCAGCAACUACAGGCCGGACCAUGCCAGGAGUCAAGUCUACCAGAGCCUGAGGAAGUACAUUCCCAUAGAGGUGUAUGGACACUGGUCAAAGAGGCCACUGACCGACCAAAGUUUGAUACCCACCAUUGGCCACUGUAACUUCUACCUGGCUUUUGAAAACUCAGUGGCAUUGGACUACAUAACUGAGAAGUUGUGGAGGAAUGCCUACCAAGCAGGGGCAAUACCUGUGGUUCUGGGGCCCACUCGGGCUAACUAUGAGGCCCUUGUGCCACCAGGCUCAUUCAUCCAUGUCAGUGACUUCAAUAGCACAGAGGGGCUGGCUGUCUUCCUACAGCAGUUGGCCACAGACAGAGGACGCUACGAGGGUUACUUCAAGUGGCGUCAGACACAUAGAAUCAAGAUGUACACAGACUGGAGAGAGAGGCUCUGUAAUAUCUGUGUCAACUAUCAAAGACUACCAGGUAACAAGGUGUACUACGAUCUGGAGGCAUGGGCCAGUAGAUAACAUCAUAGAUGCUUUUGCUACUGUAGGUUGUUUUUUCCCCCAUGCAAAACAGCAGUCUGCAGUGCAACUUGAAAUGCAUUCAGUGCUUCUGCACCUGCAUUGCUUGCUGUUUGGGGUUUUAGGCUGGGUUUCUGUACAGCACUUUGAGAUAUCAGCUGAUGUAAGAAGGGCUAUAUAAAUUCAUUUGAUUUGAUUUGGUUCAGUUCUGGUGGUGAGCCACUUUCACAUCAGCUUGAUGACAUUACAACAUUGACUUUUGUUCCCUAAUUCAUGAAACACCACAGGAAAAUCACAACUUCUGUAAAAGAGGGAAGUCAUUCCUCUAACACCCAUCUUUCUGACACAAUACAUUUUUAGUUCAUAUGUUAGAUGCUUUGAUUUAUUAGUAGUAGUAGUAUGUGUUUUUUUCUGGAGCUAAUCAGGUUGACAAAUGUGGGUGGGCAAGUGGGAGGGAUAGGGAAGGCUCAGGGGACAAACAAGGGAUUUUCGGGAUUCGGAGCGGUUUCACUUUUGUAAAAAUGUAUGCUUAAAACUUCAAUAAAAAAAGGAGGGGGAAAAAAAUGGAAAUAAGGAAAUGACACAACCGUGCAGGCUAGCUAGACCAUGAUGCAAUUGUAAUGGCACAAGACAAUGUCUUUCCCGGCAGUAAUAUUGAAUCUAUGAAAGCUUACCCUCAAUAUUAUUGUCGGGAAAGACAACAUUGUCUUGUGCCAUUACAAUUGCAUCAUGGUCUAGCUAGCCGACACGGUUGUGUCAUUUCCUUAAUUCCAUAAUUUUAUUUUUCGUCCUUUUCUAUUGAAGUUUUUUAUUUAUUGAAGUUUUAAGCAUACAGUAUAGUUCAUACCCUUUCUUUAGGCAUAAUGACUAAUGCAAGUAAGUUACCAACCUUAGCAUGACUUACUCGAUUUAAGCCCUUGGCUCUUAUGGGGAGAAUAGGCAGUUGAUGAAUGUCCUCCAUCACACUUGGUUCAGGGUUUUUUCAGAUCACACCAAUUGAGGCUGUUCUCUCUCCUCCCAAGUCCUUCUGGGUCAACCCAUGUUUCUUUUCCCCUGAAAAAGAAUAGUAAACCAUAAACAAAAUCCCUGUGCCAAUACUCACGCAAUCCCUCUCAGAGAGAUUACUGUGCAUUAAAAGUUCUGCAUGUCACUCAAUUCAAACUACCUCCUCUGUAACCUGAUGUAACUGUAUGACCAAUAGUGAUGCAUAUUAUUGGAUUUCUAGUUCCAAUGAAAGUUACACACACCAACAUUGCAUCUCAAAUGGUACCCUAUUACCUACAUAGUGACAUUUAUAGGGAAUAGUGUGCCAUUUGGGAUACAGCCUUAGUUUCUGGAGAUGUUGCUUUAUAAUCUCUAUAUCUAUGGAUUCAGGGAACAAUAAUUGACCACUAUGCACAUUUAGCUCUGGCCACCAGAUGUCAUGAUUGCCUACAAACUGAAUAACAUAUGGAAACAAUAAAGAUAUGCAAUAAAGAUAUGCUUUUUAAAUUUC